AUGCCAGCGCGAACACUACUCGAAGCUGAGGCCAACGCCGAGUCCUCACGGAAACGUCAACGGCCGGCGCCCACGAGCGAUGACAGCGAGGGAGAAAUUGCCGCGCGCCCCAAUGCCAAUCAGGCUAAAAGAGCUCGUGUAGAUACCGCUCGCCACGCGACUCCAGUCGAUGACGACGACGUUGAUGUCGACGAUGAACGAGGUCAUGCAGGAUCACCGGACUCGCCUCCCAAAACACAAUAUGAGUUGAUGCGUGACAAUAACUUUGAGCAUCUGCAACAUCAGGAUGCCGACGACCAACGAGCCACUCAGAGACUGCGCUUCAAACCUAAUCAGUUGGGAGACAACGCGGUGGCCGAUAAUGGCAUUCUGGAAAGCAUCACGUGCAUCAACUUCAUGUGUCACACUCGACUACACUGUGAACUCGGCCCGCUUCUCAAUUUCAUAGUGGGUGAAAACGGAAGUGGAAAGAGCGCCAUCUUGACCGCUAUCACUCUUUGUCUUGGUGGCAAGGCCAGCUCAACCAACCGCGGAGGAAGUCUCAAGAGUUUCGUCAAGGAGGGCACCGAAAAGGCUGUUCUGAUCGUCAAAAUCAAGAACCAGGGCCAAGAUGCCUAUAGACAUGAGGUUUACGGGGAUUCCAUCAUCGUCGAACGGCACUUUUCCAAAUCCGGCAGCAGCAGCUUCAAGGUCAAAACGGCCACUGGCCAAAUAGUGUCUACCAAGAAGCAGGAAGUCGAGGAGAUCGUCGAAUACUACGCCCUCCAGCUGCUGAAGCCGGAGUGGUCUUUGAUCCUGGAAAAGACGUUUGGAAACGCCCUUAAUGCAUUCAUCGUCCAGAGUAUGGCCGAACAGAAAUUGCUUCAGGGCUUGAUGAACAAGCUCAACAUCCGCCAGUGUCCGGUUUUUAUCGGCAAUCGACAUCCCCUAAACACAGAUGGCAAAGAGCCUGAUCCUUCCUUUGACACCAUUCUCCGUGUGUUGAAGAUCGACAACAUGAUGGUGCGCGAUCAGUUGAUCAUCAACCACAUGAUUGAGCAGGUCAUACUGAUACCACAGCGUACUAAAGCUGAGGACAUCAUGUUCAGCGGAGCACGACCUCGAAACGUCAAGGCUUGUCUAAGUUUCCAUGAUAAAAAGAGAGACGAAGGUCUUCGACUGGUUGUCAACAACAGCGGAGGAAUGUCGACUUCUCCUGUGCCGCCCCUCCGUAACCAGCGCCCACGGAUGAAGGCGGAUGUCGGCUCGCGGCUUGCUUAUCAAAAGGAGACCCUGCGGCAGCUGGAGCUAGAGUAUAGCGUACUUGAUCGUGAACAUCGUCAACUGCAGCAAGAGGUCCAGAAGUUCACUAGCGACCUCACCAAGCUUCAGAGAGACAAGAAAACCUUUGACAGCGAAUUACGGCAUGCUAGGGUUCAAGUCGAGCAAGUGCAGUAUCAACUUGAUGAGUAUGAAGGCGGUGAUUCUCGCCUUACAGGCUUGAAGGCUGAAUUGGCUGUUGCCAAGGAAAAAGAGGAGGCUUGCGGGCUUCAGUACGGCAACCUUCGGAUAAGGAAGGAUAAGAAGAACCAGGCAUCCUCAGAAGCCCAGGCUCAGCUCACGGAAAUUAGGAAGGAAUCGGAGAAAUAUGAAAGGGAGGUGAAAAAAUUGCAGGAGAAGAAGGCCAGGCUGGAAGAUGUUCGGAAGAUUAAUCUCACCGAGGUCAAUGAAGCUCAUGCCUCUUUCGAGAUAUUCAAGGGGGACAAGGAGGAAGCCGAGAAGGAACGUGAAAAAGGUGCCGAAGAAGUCGCCACUUUUACAAAACAGAUCAUUGAAGCAUUAGGGAGUGAAGAACGAGCCCAUGUCAACCCAACCGACAAGUACGAGGAGCUGGAAAAGCAGUAUCAGAGCAUUCAGAAUCAACUCGAGAAAGAGCGACGGAAGAGGGGCAUGACCGACGAGGAAGUUUAUGCGAACCUCACGAGGGCGAAGGAGACGUACGAUGAUGCCAAGAGAUCUCUUGAAGGCAUCAAGACGGUCAACUCUCGUCUCCGUCGGACGCUGACCAUUCGCCUCGAGAAGUGGCGCAAGUUUCAGCGGUACAUCUCAUCACAGAGCCGAGCGAACUUCAUCUAUCUUCUCAGCGAGCGUGGCUUCAGAGGCAAGUUGCUGCUGGACCACGAGCGGAAGGCUCUGGACCUAGUCGUCGAGCCUGACAAGACCGAGAAGAGGGCAGCGGGGAGAAACACAAAGACACUAUCUGGCGGCGAAAAGUCUUUUUCAUCAAUCUGUCUGCUGCUGAGUAUCUGGGAGGCCAUGGGAAGCCCGCUCAGAUGCUUGGAUGAGUUCGACGUGUUCAUGGACAAUGUCAACCGUGCAAUCAGCACGAACAUGCUGAUUACUGCUGCUCGUCGGUCCGUAAAUCGGCAGUACAUAUUCAUCACACCGAAUGCCAUCGAGGGGCGGAACACUCUUGACAAGGACGUCAAGAUUAUUCGACUGACGGAUCCUCGGCAGAGGACGUUGGCCGACCACUGA